AUGGCGUUUCAAAACAGCUGUAUCUUCCUCCUUUUGAUUUUUUCCUGUUUUGUAAGCGUGAAAGCAGUAGGAGAGGGAUCUGGAAAAUCAGAGAGCGCUUCGGGAAUUAAUCUGCCAUCGUUUACUUACGAGAUAAACAAGUAAGAUUUGUGAAGUUUGUCGCAGUAUGAAGUCUAAAUAAAUGCCUUUUCUAAGCUUGUUGGCUGUAUUUUUCGUAAACUUCCCCGAUUAAUUUUUCGUUUCAGCUUACUAAUCUAUACUAUUUCAAAGCAAUGUAAAGACAAAGACGGAGAAAACCAUGAGUCGGUCCUUUCAACAAUCGUAAACAAAGUGUUUGAACAAUCAGGUAUACGAGGUGUAAUAAUCAAUAGCCGCAUUUCAGAAGUCUUCAGAAAGAAAAUAUUCAGCCUUCAGAAAGCUGUCAAGAAAGCUAGUAAUCGUGGCGGAAGGCAAUUAAAUGCACUUCUUAGCAAUUUGGAAGCGGGCCCUCGGUAUCGAUUUAAGGUUUAUUACAACGAGGUUGAUGUGCAUCAGCUUAAAGAUGAGAACAGCCAGUUAAGGGGAGAAAAAAGAAAAUUAGAAGAAUCGUUGGUACAGGAGAAGGCAAAGCGAUUGCGAGUGGAUGAAAAAGCCCGAGAAGCUCUCGAGAAAGCUGAGAAGAAAGGGGCCUUCUACAAGAAAAAAUUUAUUCAAUUGGCCAAAAAAGUGAUUAAAAAUGGGAAAAAAGGUAGAGGCCCUGCUAAGAAGAAGUUUAAUGACUAUUCUAAGCACCAUCAAAAGAGAAUUAAAAACCAACUGAAGGACGAGUGCCAAACUACACUCUCUUUUCUUGGGCUGUACAAUUUUGUUGCAACCAAAAUUGAAGUCCUUAACACUGAGACUAAUCAAUAUGAAACUUUCAAUCUUGUUGGAGAGGGAGAGCUACCAUUUACAGAGUCUGACCCAAAGGCCCUUGAUAAUGAUGACAUUGAUAACAUAAAUAUGUGGCUCUACCUCAAAGACAAAUUCAAUAUUUCAAAUGAGGCCUGGCAUGAAAUUGCCAUUAAGGCUAAUGGUCUCCCCAAUACAUAUUCCAUCAAGAAGCGAAUUAAUGAGCUAAACAGUAAAUGGAACUUGAAACCAACACCAGGAGAUGCUGAAGGUGUUCAGUUAGGAUUUGCAGAAAGUUUGCAAGAGCACAUUGUUAGGCUUCAGAAGAAUGGAGAAAUCAAUGAUGGAGAAGCUAUUAAGAUCAAGCUUGGCGGUGAUGGUACAAAUAUUGGAAAGCGGCUUACAGUUGUCAACUUCACAUUUACUAUUCUCAAUGAAAAGGAUGUGGCAAUGGCUGAGAAGGGAAAUUAUGUACUUGCUGUUAUAAAAACUACAGAGACAUAUCAUAAUCUGAGAGACAGCCUAGCAGACCUUCAAAUGGAAAUGUCAAACUUAAAGGAGAUAAGUGCAAAUAAUUGCACCUAUAAAAUUGAAUACUUUUUUAGGUGGAGAUUUGAAAUUUUUAGCACUGGUAUGUGGUUUAGGCAGGGCAAAUGA